AUGGACGACCUGCUUAUGGUGCCAUCAGAAGUUAACGUGGAAACGACCUCCACAACGGGCGUCUUUGCGCAGACCACAUUUCUCCAAGUGGCCACUGCCAUAACGACCGGACUUGCAAAACCCCAGUCCUCUACAGACGCCACGCACACGUGGUUGGACAACCUGACUGAACAGGAGCUGCUUGCACUGCUUUCCUUUGAGCGCACGAACGUGCAGAAGUCUGUGCGCCCAUUGCAUUCACGCAUCCUACAGCUCAUCCAUUCAGUGAAAGGACAGAAUAGUGAGAUGGCCUCCUCGAAGCAACGCCUGAAGGAUGAGCGGAAACGCGAGAGACGCGAGAAGCGCCGCGCCAGAGCGGAAAAACAGGCCGCUCGCAAGCAGGCAGCUGACGACGGCGACGAUGAGGGCGGCGCUGAGAGCAGCUCCGAGCCAAAAAAGGUGAAACAGCCACGGUCGCAU